GCGAACUGAGCAGCAGCUGUUGCCAGCAAUCGAGAGAUUGAGAGUGAGCGCAAAAGAGCUCAACAAAUUUUGGAAAUUUGUGGUAUCGAUGCGUGGUUUGUCUCUGUGUUUUAGUGCAGAAAAAUCAGGUCGACACCUCGAAUAAGUUUUCAUUUUUCUAUAUUUCAAGCGUCGGUCUUCACUUCGGUUCCAUCAAUUCUUGGCAAGUGAGCAAGAGUAGCAGACAUGAAGCUCGUCAGAUUUUUGAUGAAACUGAACAAUGAGACGGUGACGAUUGAGCUAAAGAACGGCACUAUAGUUCACGGAACGAUCACAGGUGUGGACAUCAGCAUGAACACUCACUUGAAGACGGUGAAGUUGACCUUACGGGGAAAGAAUCCUGUUCCUCUUGAUCAUCUCAGCAUCAGAGGGAACAACAUUCGCUAUUACAUUCUUCCCGACAGUUUGAACUUGGACACACUUCUGGUUGAUGACACCCCGAGAGUGAAGGCCAAGAAGCCCUCUGCAGGCAAGCCAGUCGGCCGUGGCCGGGGUAGAGGCAGAGGUCGUGGGCGUGGACGCGGUCGGUAGUUGUACGUUGAUUUUCUUCUUCCUUGGUGGAGAAAGUUUCAAUUAUUCUUCGCUUAGCAUCUCUUCUAGAGGAAUCUUCACAUCAUUGCUAUAUGUUAAACUGGGGUGAGUUUCCCAGCGAAGAUACAUGAGAGCCUUCUUUCUGUUUUCCUCCCAUUGUGAGCCGAAGAAGUAAGCUGUCAAUGGGACAGGUACUGAGGGCGAAGUGAUUAUCUCAAUAGAGGAGGUUAUGAGAGGGCCAUAGAUUGAUAUUGGACUUCAGAGUCAGAAUGACCCUCAAAACUAGGUCCUGAGAUGUGAGUCCUCGGCUUUUUGAUUGACGAAAUCAACCAUCUGUAUAAAUGUAGUUGCAGGUGAUUUGUAAACAAGACUAGUUAGACUCGUUAAAGGCUUGUCAAUUUUGCGUGAAAUUGAAGUUCUUGCAGAUCACUGAGGUUCUGCGAAAGUUUGGGGAAGUUUGGCAAAGCUGUUUUUUUUAUCGAUCUCGUUUUAAAAGGAUGAAUGAGACACGCCUGAGCUUCUCUGGAGUCUUGAGCCGAUUCUUGGGACGACAAGCACGCUCCAAAAUCAUUUCUGGCCGUGCAGUGACAGAAGGUUUCUACUGGCUCCGGGGCGUUUUGGAACCAUACAUAUUUGGUGGCAAGCCUCGUGGGAUGGAUUGCCACCUUGCUCUUAGUCCUCUAACUGUUAUGAGUGGCACAGGUAGAAGCGUUGAGGUUUGCAAACAGGUUGUUUUGCACUCCCCACUACAUUGCCAACUGAUAACCUGACUCCUUCAGUUAAAAUAAUUUCUGUUUCUUCCGAGUCAAGCACAGCAUGCCUCAAUAUUCUGAUUGUCGUUAUUUUAUUUCUAGGACUUAUUAGCCAACGGGUGCUGGUGCUUUGUCAGUACCUAGUGUUUCCCACUACAGUAGGUUCAGAAGACGUUUGAAUGAUUUGUAGGAAGUGUCCCCAUCAUAGGAAUUGGAUGCAUAUUUCAGUCACUACCUAAAAUGCUC